ACCCUCUCGAGUGCAGGCCUUGGAGUUGAGUUGCGGCUCUGGAACUGGACAAGUGACCCUCAACCCCAGUGAGAUGUUGGAGCUGAGCUGCAGUCUGUUUCCUGAGGUCAGCCCUUUGAGGCUAGGUCUCCGUUCCUUUCCAUCCGGUGAGCAGUUUUCCAAUAUUAUGUGGAAGAAGAACGGGCAUCCGCUGAGAGAAGCAGACAACCUCCGUGUCCUCCCCAACGGUUCUUUGUUGAUCGAAGCAGCUGUGAAACACGACAACCACUCAGGAGGCUCCAGCGUGGAAGGAAAUUAUUCUUGUACCACUCAGGGCCCGUUUGGGUCCGUCACUGGCCAAACUCUGAUGCUCCGAGAAUCUUCCUUGCCUCCAUUUUUCCAACAUCCAGAACCCCAAUCUGUGCCAGAAAACGGCAUGGCUCGUUUUGAGUGUCGGAUCAAAGGUUUGCCUGCUCCGGUCAUCACUUGGCAGAAAGACAGUGAGGCUGUGCCUUCGGAACCAAGGUUCAUCGUCCUUCCACAUGGUGUCCUGCAAAUCACGGAUGUCCAGGAAGGAGAUGCUGGGGCCUACCAUUGCGUGGCAACCAAUGCAGUAGGAAGUCGCUACAGCCUGGAUGCUCCCCUCACUCUCUUGAAAGGUCCCCAACAACCAACGAUGGGUGAUGUAGUCAUUGUCACAGCACCGGAGAAUGCCACCGUGGUAGUUGGAGAGACUGUUGUGAUGGAGUGUGUCGCAUCGGCAAAUCCCACACCUUUCAUCUCUUGGAUACGGGAAGAUGGGAAUCCGAUUUCAACGGAUGUGAUUGUGUUAGGACGGACCAACCUCGUGAUCCUUUCCGUUCAGCUUCAUCAUGCAGGCGUCUACGUAUGCCGGGCCAACAAACCCCAAACCAGGCAGUUUGUAACAGCCGCAGCUGAGCUCCGAGUCCUUGCUCCUCCUACAAUCUCCCAGGCACCUGAAACCAUUUCUCGCACUCGGGCCAGCACCGCCAGGUUUGUCUGCAAAGCAGAAGGAGAGCCGUUGCCCACCGUACACUGGACGAGGAACGGAAAGCUGCUACUGUCUAAAGGGCGGGUUAAAAUCCAGGGCAGUGGUACCCUCGUGAUCAACCAGAUCGGCUUGGAUGACGCCGGCUAUUACCAGUGUGUGGCUGAAAAUCACCUUGGCAUGGCCUGUGCUACCGCCAGGCUAGAGGUGAUCGUGCGGGAAGGCCUGCCCAGCGCUCCGAAGAGGGUAUCGGCAAGUUCUCUCUCCAGCACCACUGUCUUGGUAUCCUGGGAACGGCCGGAGUUCAACAGUGAGCAGAUUAUUGGAUUCUCUCUUCAUUACCAAAAAGCCUUCGGUGCUGACAACGUGGAAUACCAGUUUGCGGUGAAUAACGACACCACUGAGUUUUCGGUGAAAGACUUGGAGCCCAACACCAAUUAUAUCUUCUACGUGGUGGCCUACUCCCAGCUCGGAGCUAGCCGGACUUCCUCAUCUAUAAAUGUGAAGACCUUGGAGGAUGUUCCUGGUGGAGCCCCUCAGAUUUCCCUGUCCAGUAUAACUCCGACUGACAUCAAGGCAACAUGGCAGCCUCUCCCUUCAGAACUGAGCAACGGAAAAAUUGUCAAGUACAAAAUUGAGUAUGCUUCUCUCAAGGAAGACCUGAUUUCUUCAACGGAGCUCAGUGGGAAUGAAACCCAGCUGGUGCUUUACGGGUUGCAGCCAAACAAAAUCUACAAAGUUCGGAUUGCAGCAAGCACCAGUGCGGGCUAUGGGGCUCCAUCAGAAUGGACUCAGCACCGCACUCCAGAUCGGGACAACCAAACCCAUGUUCUCUUUGCCCCAACUGAGUUGAUGGUCCAAGCCAAAAUGGACUCGCUGUUGGUAAGCUGGCAGCCUCCACCUAACCACGGACAAAUUUCAGGCUACAAGCUGUAUUAUCGGGAAAUACCCACCGAGGAGUCAAGCAGGGAGAUCCCUUCGGAAGGCCGUCUUCGGGAUGUCGGACCCGUAAAACUGAAGAAGAAAGUGAAACAACACGAGCUGAGACAAUUAGUUCCUGGACAGCUUUAUGAAAUCAGGCUGGUGGCUUUCAACAAGCAUGAAGAGGGCUACGCAGCCGUGUGGAAAGGCAGGACGGAGCGAGCACCUGUCACCGCAGCUGAUCUUCCAGUUCAUAAAGGUCCCCCACCACCUCCUGGGCAUCUCCACGUUGAUUCCAAUAGUUCCACAACGAUUUGGCUGCGGUGGAAGAAACCCAACUUCACCACCGUGAAGAUCGUCAACUACACAGUGCGAUUCAGCCCUUGGGGGUUAAAGAAUGCCUCGCUUGUGAUGUAUUACACAAGCUCUAAAGAGAAUGUUCUGAUCAGCGGACUGAAACCAUUCACAAGAUACGAGUUUGCGGUGCAGUCCAACGGUGUCGGAAUGGAUAGUCCGUUUGGAAAUGCGGUGGAGUGUUUCACCCUCCCAGAUAGGCCCUCCACUCCCCCUUCUGACCUGCGGUUACACCCCAUCAACCCAUACGCGGUCCAGCUUCACUGGUGUCCCCCCCUGGAACCAAAUGGCAUUAUCGUGGAAUAUGUCAUCCUCUACAACGCCAACUGCACCCAGCCGGAUGAGAUGUGGACUCUGUUGACCAAAGAGGGCAGUACCUUCAGCGCUGAAGUUGACGGGUUGGAGAGCGACACCAGAUAUUUCUUCAAGGUGGGAGCCAAGACGGUUAUAGGAUCAGGACCGUAUUCUAGCGUGAAAGACGUGCAGACCUUGCCGGAGGGAUUCACAGAUAUCUUAGUUCAUUCUGUCACCGGAGUCACGGUAGCCAUCUGCCUCCUCUGCAUCGUCUUCUGUGCCUGUGCCAGCUUUCGCAACAAUUACCUGAAGAAAUCUAUGCCUGGUUUGGAUUCCCAAGCUUCAGGAAGCCAUGCGUACCACCACCGGAGCCGACAGGCGGCACCCCUCUCGGUAAUCCCUUCAACUUCCCAUGAAAUGGAGUCCCUCAUGGCUCCCCUUUCUGAUGGUGCUCCCUCACCUCCGAGCGAUUGUGCAGAGCUGACUGAAGCCCGUGGUCUCAUCCGUGGUCAUCCUCUGGAGGACAAUGUGGGCCACAUCCCAAUAAAGCCUCCAUGGGAGAAAUCUCUGAACAGCUGGACAAACAGCAUCGCCGGCUACGAAGUCUCCAUUCCAAAAGAGCCCACCGUGGCUUUAAAUGGAUCACUGAAGAUGGCUUCCAAUGGAGGACAGAAGCUCUUGUUGCAAGCUCUGGUUUACGAGGUUGUCACGAAUGAAGCGAAAAAGGAGCACCCACUCAGCAGCCUCAAUCAACUGGAAGCCGAGGUCAUUGUCCAUUCGGAUUUCUUAGCCUCCAACCGAGAUUGUGGUUCCCAAUUCCACAUGCUGGACCUGGAAAGGACUCCCUGUGAGGAUUGUGAACCAGAAACAGUCCCCAUGGAAGAUCUACCUGAGCAGGUUUCUUACAGUCCUUCUCAGCAAGAACUCAAUAUUAUAUCCCCAGACCGAGAUGGCAAGGGUCAGCCUGAAGCCCCGGAUACAUUGCUGAAGAUCAAGAAAGAGGAUCACCAGAGAGCUACCAAAUUACAUGGAGAAGAUGGAGGGCUCCCCCAGAUGGGAGGAAGCUCGGACGCAAUGGGAAGCGGGGACUCUGAGCCAUCUCACAAAGGGGCAGUGGACACACAGCCCAUCUUGCGCGACGCUCUUCCCACCGCCCACCCGCAAGGCCUUCUGCAUAGCGGCCUCUCUAAUAUGAUUGACUCUCCUUCCGGGUUUGAAAACGCAGCGUGCGUCCACCAUCUUUGAUGAGAGCUUCGAUUAAAUUCUUGGCCGCGGCAGACCUCGGAGAAACAGAAUAGCUGUAAAGAUUAGGCCUUCGUGGCACUGAAUAGUCUCAUAAAGUGUGGUUGGGAAGGGAAGGGAAUGAUAUUAGCUCUGUAAGAGUUUAUAAGGAGGACCUCCCUCCCCUUCCCCCCCACGAAGUAUUGUGUCUGCUCUCUCUCUCUUCCCCAGCCGCUCUGCAAAGGCUACUGAGGAUCGGCGAACUUCAUACCAAUUAUGAGUUAAUGUUGUGCCUCACCAAGACCCAGGAGUAGGCAGCGUAAGGCCCACCAGCUAAAUACACCAUUUUACUACCAGGUGCAGCUGUCGCACAUAACCAGUUGCGUUGGGAGGAAGAUGGUUUCAUGAGACGUCCUGAGGUUGGUCCUGGAGUUGAACUGCUGUUCUGAACGUUGUCACGGAUCUUAGGUGCCCUUCUUCUACGUCUCCAAAGGAUGAAAAUGAAGCAGAGAUGGAAAGCAAUAAGUAAAGAUGGCCUGAGAAGAUUUCGUAGUAUCCCUUGUUCUGCUGCCGUAGGUACUGAUGUUGGGCUAAAGCCAAAUGCAAUUUUUUUUUGCCAACGCUGUUUUUACUAAGAAGACACAUCGGUCUCCAAACGUCCAUCGCAAACUGGGAAGAAAAUAAAUUUGCAUCAGCAUACUAUACAUUUGUAUUUUUUGCAAGGAUCUUUCGAUUAAGAUAAUUGUGAAAAUAUUUCUCUCCCGGGUCUCCAAAACCUAACAAAUCGGUUUGAAGCAUCAAGCCACUUUCAGCCCCCUUUAGAAAAUCACCGUCAGUCUCUAGAUGUAGAGAGAACGCAACAAGGCAAUGUACGGUUUGUUCAUUGGUAGCUUAAGCAUGUUGUGUGACCCACCCACCCUUAUGGUGUAUAAAUCAUAGGUUACAGUUGAAUGUGGCUUGUCAACCCAGCUAUUUUAGUUAGCAGACUCUGAUAAAGCAUAACUUGGCUUAGCAUGUUGUGUGAACUCAGGCACUGAAUCAGAGGAAUAUUCCCAAUUGCCUGGAUGUGAUUUCCUUUCCUAUUAGCAUUGGGAUGGUUAGAGCAGAGGUGUCAAACUCACAUUGUCACGGCAAUGUCAUGUGACGAGGCAGGACUUUUUUUCCCUUCGCUAAACCGGGCGUGGCCGUGGCCAACGCCUGACGCAUCUCGCCCACGGGCUCGGAGUUUGACAGCUCUGGGUUAGAGGGUUAACCAAACAUUCACACAUUAAUCUUGUCAGCUUCCUGCUAACAUAUUCUGGCAUUCUGGGUUUGAUGCAAGAUGUGGCUAGUGUAAAUCACACCAGAACAAACCGCAGAUAUAUUUUGCGUUAGAUGGGCGUUAGUGUCCUGAAGAUGUCUAAGAGAUGGAUUGUGUCUAGGUAACUUCUCACGCAACCAGUAUGUUUGUACUUUAACUCCGUCAACAAAAGAACUGAAGGUUUCCUUCAUGACAUAGUUCCAUUUUUGGCCAGUGUUCCUCCUUAACCAGAGCUGAUAAGUUAUGAAAAGUACUAUUGGUGCUGCAGUGAUUCACCUUCAGCCUGAUGGCAUUCUCUUGAAAUGGGCAUGCUAUAGGUGGAACGUAAUUUACAUUCCCCCAUUGUAAGAUGGACCAUCUUGUACGGACCAUCUAUCAGUGAUGAAGUUCCGAAAAUCAAGUGGACUGUCUCCAUUUGUCUUUGAUUCGAAGACCCCACUAGUGAUACUUUUCUUGCUGCAAUAAUAUCUGGCCCAUUGGGUGAAGCCUUCCCCCAGAGAUUAGCAGAGAUGGGGAGAGAACCAAGAACUAAGAGCAAUCUUGGAGUGACUACAGGAAAGUUGAGUGAAAGACUGAAAAACAAAUGUGAACGUUGUAAUCUUCAAGAGUAGUGUGAACCUACCCAUUUGAUUCUAUUAUCCACAUGGCUAAGAGUGAUGCAAGAACCACAGGUUUUUCUCCAUCACUUGGUUAAGAAGAUUUGACCCUCAUUGGAGUUCCUUGUUAUUGUGGCUUCAGUCUGCAGGACACUGAAACAAUUGAUUAGCCUGCUUAACGCUUUGAGAUGGGUCACACCAUACACGAAGCCAAAAUCAAAUGACCUGAAUGAAUUUAUGUUCAGCCAGCCACUUGGUUUGUAAAUCAUGGUUUAUAACCAGCAUCUUUCUCAAAGCCAACCAUUUGUGGAUUCUUCAACACACUAUGGUGAAGCAAGCUUUGGUAGGUCCUAGCUAGUCCUACCAAACUAGUCUUACCAUUUUGUCUGAAACAGGGGUGGUCUGAAGUGGACUGGACCCCUUCUGGCUGAGAGCUGAUGAAGAUUACGGAGACGUUCUCUUGGUAGAAUCUUUUGAAAAACUAGAGCGACGAUUCAACCAUGGUUUUUCACUCUGAUGCAACCCGUUUUCUCAACUCUGGAGGUUCCUUUCUUGGAAUGCAGAAUUUAAAAAAGAAAACAGAGCUGGCUGUUUCUCUCAUUUCUUUGGGGUUUCAAGCUGAAAGCCAUCUCUCUCACAGCUCUCGCUUCUGUUGCGUAAGAUGACUCUUCCAAAAAGUAGGCGGGGCAGUUCCUUACGACACACUCUGCAAGUGCUUCUAACAGCUUGUACUGAAAACUUGAGAACCUUUUUCAGCCUCUUGGGCUGGGUCCACGACAAUUCGCCUCAGCCAACUCACCACGGGGGUGGGGGGACGCGCCCCGGAACAAGAGUUACACCAAUGAUCAAAGAAACAGUGGAAUAGAAUCAUUUAAAAAAAAAAGGAUGCCAAAGGAGGGACAAAAUGAAAUGUGAAUGACAAACAUCAAAAUAAGGUUUACGUUAUUUUAAAUCAUGAAACUGAAUUGGUGAAUUGUCCCGCAGCGAGGGGUCGCGUGGCGAGUUGGCCGUAUUGAGUUGGCCGCAGCCAAUCGGCCAAGGCGAGUUGACCGUGGCAAGUUGGCUGCAGCGAGUUGGCCCACCUGGCUUGCCUCACCAAUCUGUGCAUUUAGGUUAGGAGGCCUAAGUGGGGAUUUUCCCCACACCAGCCCCAUGGAAGUGACUGGAAUCUGUACAGGAUUCUUUGCAUUAGAUUCGCAACAGGCAUUUUUUGCCAAUUUAGGCCUCUGAAUUCUUGUACCUGAUAUUUUAGGUAUUGGAUCUAUCUCUUUUCUCCUUUUUUAACGUAUGACAAUGUAUUUUUUAUUUCUUCAGAGCGUCUUUAUAUUAUUUAAUUUUAUAUAAAAGAGAGGGGGGGAAAUAAUAAUAGCGUGUGUUCUAGAGUAGCCUUUUUACACCUUUUUCUCUGUUGUGUCUCCCUUUUCCCCUUAACACAACUACCUCAUGCUUGUUUUUUUGUUUUGUUUUGUUUUUUUAAUGAAAAUAAAGGAGUAGAUUUUG